AAUUAUUUUUCGGAAAACAAAAAAUUUAGAUCUUGUCAAAAUUAUAAGUAAAAUAUAUUUUCCGAACAAAAAUUUUUUCUUUCGGCUACAUCGGUUCGCAUUCGCGUAUUCGAAAUCUUUUUUACCAUCGUAUCGCAGUGCGCUUGCGGUCGUCAAGUGGUGCUAUCUAGUUCUAGUGCUUUCCAUCGAGUGCCUUUCACCUUUCACCUUUCACGUUCGUUUCGGAGUUUCAGUUGCCGCAAUAUGCAAGCCUGGGGCUCCCUGCACUUCAAUAGCCAGUAAUCGGACGAAGAGGGAAGACCUUUUUGCAGACUUUAUCUAGAGGAAGCUCCUCGGAGGGCACAGCUAAGAAGUCGUCGUCUUCGAAGAGAAAAGAAGCAUUCGUUAGCUUUUCGCCAUGGGAAAGAAGGGCAAAGGAAAGAAGGGGAAAAAGGGAAAGAAGGGAAAGAAGUCCAUAGCGGUUGCACCGGUCGCGGCGGAGCCCUGUCCACCAUGUCCCGAGAUACCCAAGGCCAUGGCCCCGCUGGAUCCAUGCCCUGAGACCAGCGGCCCCCAUGACGUGGCGCGGGCCCAGCCCAACCACUACCCUGCCCUCCUGCGCAUCCCCGAGACGAUGGCGGUGGUGGGGUCCGAGAACGGGUGCUACGACAGCAUCUGCAAGCUGUUGCGCGCCGGCUUCCGGUGUGCGGAACGCGUCUUCGUGAUGGCGCCCUGGGGCAACUACGUGGUCUUCCGCUACCACAACAACAGCGACUUCAUAUACUUCCUCUUUGACGGAUGCACCUGCGACGUGAACCGAUUCCGCUACUUGGACCUCAGCUGCGGCACCGCCGGCUUCCUCUACUUCGACAACAUGCACGACGUCAUCAGCUACAUCAUCCAGUCGCGCAAGACGCGCCUCUACCUGGAGAACCUGAACAAGAUCGCCAUCGACCAGAUCGUGGAGGAGUAUGGGGCCGUCACCUACACCCAGAAGGCCAAGUGCAUGCGGUUCGCAUAGGGACCCCAACCCACCCCUUCUCGACGAAACCGAUCCUGACCUAAAACUGAACCAACCGAAAGAAGCCAGAAGAACAUGAAGAAGAAUACCCCUAAAAAAACCGAGAAAUUAAUCGAACGAUGUUGAAUGCCGACAAAUAAAUAAUGGAAAUUGCCUAAAUUGACAAGAAAUAUACUUUGAACAUUAGAACAUUUUAA